AAAAUGACCAACACAAAGGGAAAGAGGAGGGGCACCCGCUACAUGUUCUCUAGGCCUUUUAGAAAACAUGGAGUUGUUCCUUUGGCCACAUACAUGCGAAUCUACAAGAAAGGUGAUAUUGUAGAUAUCAAGGGAAUGGGCACUGUUCAAAAAGGAAUGCCCGGGCCUCCCUGGUGGCGCAGAAUGCCCCACAAAUGUUACCAUGGCAAAACUGGGAGAGUCUACAAUGUUACCCAGCAUGCUGUUGGCAUCAUUGUAAACAAACAAGUUAAGGGCAAGAUUCUUGCCAAGAGAAUUAAUGUGCGUAUCGAGCAUAUUAAGCACUCUAAGAGCCGGGAUAGCUUCCUGAAACGGGUGAAGGAAAAUGAUAAGAAAAAGAAGGAAGCCAAAGAGAAAGGUACUUGGGUUCAACUGAAACGCCAGCCUGCUCCACCCAGAGAAGCACACUUCGUGAGAACCAAUGGAAAGGAGCCUGAACUGUUGGAGCCCAUUCCUUAUGAAUUCAUGGCAUGAUGGGUGUAAAGAAAAUAAAAGACCUGGACUGUAUAAA